GCCUUGUAGAUAAAAACCUUUAGUUGGAUGCAGGAAUGAAGUCCAAGAGUUUAAAGGCUUUUCACACAACACACAUGUUCUUCAUUAGGGUGCCUACAGUUUUAUAGGUCUAAGUGAAAGCAUCCAGGAAUUCUAGUGCAGUUGUCACAAGUGUUAAUUGUGAACUUGUGACUGUGAGAAGACCACAGGGGAGAAAAUGGACAUGGAGAGUAAAGUUUUCCAGCUUUUCUGGCUGUAUCAAAGCCAUUACAGAGACCGAACUUGUGCAUCUACAAUUUUCACUCAACAACAAACCCAAACCUACUUGACUGACUAAUAAUGUCUCAAAUGUUGUUGAGAUAUUGAGUCAAGAUGCUCCACAUGUAUAAACUUUCAAUCACUUUCAUCCCAGAAUAUUUACACACUGCAUUUUUCAACAGACCAGCACUGAAGACCGGAUUUAUACUGAAGAGUAAAGUGAAUCCACUCUGCCGCUGUCCAUCACUGAGUGACAUAAGUUUGGAGCUCUUGGACCUAGACGAUGCUCAUCUGUUGUCACCUCAUUGAUGGAAACUUCUACAGUAGAACUUGAUUGCAUCUGCUGCUCCGAUGUUCCAGGAGCUGAAGCACAGUCUGAGCUGUGGAUGCUGAGGAAGGAUAAGGAGCUUGCUGAGGAAGGACUGGCAGAGCGGACACCUACCUGGAGAGACUGACAGAGAAAGCAGUGACACAACAGAGUCACUCUGUGUCAUUUUCAGAGGAAAACCUCAUUUCACCUGCAGGGGUGUGUGGGUGGAAGUAAGACUGCACCUAGUAAAGAACCCUCACCAUUGAUUAGUAUUGGUCUUAAGUCAGAGGUCAAAUUGAUAUUUAUUUUUACUAAAUCCACAUCCCGACACCAUGGAUGUGAGAGGCUUUCUGGGCUGCCUCCUCCUCACUGCUCUGCUCUGCUUAUCAAACGGUGGUAUUGUGAAGAAAAUCCUACGUCAUCGGCGACAGGCUCUGACACCCUCCAAAGGACAGAACGUCACCCUCCCCAGUGCAGACCAACCUGUGGUUUUCAACCACGUCUAUAACAUCAAUGUUCCGGCCAGUGCCCUUUGCUCAGUGGACCUGGACACACCAGAGAGCACACCUCUCCAUCCCAGAGACGCACCAGCCUCAUCGGGCCAUCACCACACUGAGCAUACUGUUGAUGGCGAGAGCCAGAUCGUUUUUACCCAUCGAAUCAAUAUACCUCGGCAAGCCUGCGGCUGUAAUGAAGACCUGCCCGGCCUGAAGGAACUGCUGAUCCGGCUGGAGUUGCUUGAAGGUGUUGUUUCAUCUCUGAGGGAUCAGUGUGGCAGUGGCGGAGGUUGCUGCAGUGCACAGGUUACAGGUGAGGUGGUCACAAAACCUUACUGCAAUGGUCACGGAAACUACAGUGGUGACACCUGUGGCUGUGUAUGUGAGCCUGGUUGGAGGGGACCCAACUGCUCUGAGCCCAACUGUCCUAGCAACUGCCAGGACCGAGGACGCUGCGUGGACGGAAAGUGUGAGUGCUUCCAGGGUUUCUCUGGAGAGAACUGCACACUCGACGACUGCCCUGUGAACUGUGGAGUCCAUGGCCGUUGUGUGGGCGGUCUUUGCGCCUGCUCGGAUGGUUUCUUUGGGGAAGACUGCUCCGAGACCAACUGCCUCAACAACUGCAGAGGCCGUGGCCGUUGUGAUGAUGGAGACUGCGUGUGUGACGUCCCCUGGACAGGUACUGACUGCUCUGAGCUCAUCUGUCCCAAAGACUGCUAUGACCGUGGGCGCUGUGUGAAUGGCACCUGCUACUGUGAUGAGGGCUUCACUGGGGAGGACUGCGGAGAUCGCACCUGUCCCAAUAACUGCCAUAGUAAUGGUUUCUGUGUUGAUGGACAGUGUGUCUGCACUGCUGGCUACAGCGGAGAGGACUGUUCUCACCUCACUUGCCUCAACGACUGUAACGACAGAGGUUCGUGUGUACAUGGAAUGUGUUUAUGUAACGAAGGCUACCAAGGUGAAGACUGCAGCCAGUUAGUGUGUCAAAACAACUGUAACAACAGAGGCCAGUGCAUAAAUGGACAGUGUGCAUGUGAUGUUGGUUUCCAGGGCGAUGAUUGCUCUGAGCUUUCCUGUCCCAACAACUGUCAGCAUAGAGGGCGCUGUGUUAAUGGCCAGUGUGUCUGUGAGGAAGGCUACGCUGGGGAGGACUGCAGCAUCAAGUCCUGCACCUCAGACUGCUACGGCCGUGGCGAGUGCAUUGACGGACGUUGCGUAUGUCAUGCAGGCUUCAAAGGUGACGACUGUGGUGAACUGAGCUGCCCUAACAACUGCCAAAACCGUGGCCGCUGCAUCGAUGGGCAGUGUGUUUGUGACGAAGGUGUCACAGGAGAGGACUGCAGUCACAAAGCUUGUCCCAACGACUGCCUGGCCAGAGGUCACUGUGUAGAUGGCAAGUGCGUCUGUCAGGAAAGCUACUCGGGAGAUGACUGCUCUGUGCACGCCUGUCCAGACAACUGCAACAACAGGGGGCGCUGCAUCAAAGGGAGGUGCGCUUGUGAGAGUGGAUAUGAAGGAGAGAGCUGUGCAGAGCUGAGCUGCCUCAACAACUGCGACGACAAAGGCCGAUGUGUGAAUGGUCAGUGCAUGUGUGAUGAGGGAUACAUCGGCGAGGACUGCUCCAGAGUGUCUCCUCCAAAGGACCUUACUGUUGACGAGGUCACAACUGACACAGUGGACCUGUCCUGGAAGAAUGAGAUGUUGGUGACAGAAUACCUUGUGACGUUUGUGCCCACCAUUCCUGGUGGUCUUCUCCAGGAAAUCACUGUGUCUGGAGACAAAACGUCCGCCACUGUCAAUGAGCUUGAACCUGGCAUUGAGUAUAUCAUCAGUGUCUACGCCGUUCUGAGCAACAAGAGGAGUAUCCCUGUCAGUGCGAGGGUGGCUACAGCUCUACCACAGCCACAGGGUGUAAGAUUCAAAUCUGUCAGAGAGACCUCAGUUGAGGUAAUGUGGGACCAGCUGGACAUCUCCUUUGAUGGCUGGGAGAUCUAUUUCCGCAACACGAAAGAAGAGAAUGGAAAAGUUGUGAGCGUCCUGCCGUCCUCUCAGAACCAGUUUCUUCAGUCUGGCCUUGGACCAGGGCAAGAGUAUGAGGUCUCCAUCAGCAUCAUCAAGAACAACACAAGAGGACCACAAACAUCCAAAACAGUCACUACCAAGAUUGACGGCCCUCCUCAAGUGGAAGUGAAGGAUGUGACAGACUCCUCAGCACUGGUGAGCUGGUCUCAGCCAGUUGCUCCUGUGGACAGUGUCACUAUGUUUUACGGGCCCACCUCCGACCCCUUGGACAAAGUCAGAGCAGUGAUUUCCCCUCCUGACAAGCAGUACAGCAUUGAUGGUCUGAAGCCGGACACUGAAUACACAGUGUCCCUCACCUCAAGCAGCAGAGAUGUCACCAGUGACCCUGUCACCACCACAUUCAUCACAGCCCUAGAUGCACCCAAGCACCUGCAGGCCGUGACCCAGACAGACACCAGCAUUACUCUGGAGUGGACCAAUAGUCAGGCAGAUGUUGGCAGCUAUCGAGUGAAAUACAGUCCAAUCUCUGGAGCAACUCAUGGUGAGGAAGUGUUCCCACAAGGACCAGGAGGCACCACAAAAGCUACUAUCACUGGGCUUAACCCAGGAACGGAGUAUGGGAUCGGUGUGACCGCCAUGAAGAAUGAGAGAGAGAGCCUCCCAGCAACUACAAAUGCAGAAACUGACAUCGAUCCUCCCAGAGAGCUUGAGGGAACGGAGUCCACGGAGACCUCUGUUGCUCUGAGGUGGCAGAAACCUUGGGCCAAGUUCACUGGUUACAGGCUGGUAUAUGUGUCCGGAGAUGGCCAGCUGGAGGAGGUAGAGAUCCCAUCCACAGCCACGAGCUAUGUCAUGUCCAGCCUCACUCCUGGAAUGAGCUACACUGUCACACUGACCGCAGAGAGGGGACACAAGAAGAGCGCACCUGUCACCCUGGCUGCAAACACAGCCUCAUUCACAUUUUAUUUAGCUGACACAGACGACCAUGAGCUAACGACUUCCACAGGCUCGGAGGACAAUUUCAUUAGCUUUGUGAAUUUAGAAACCUCUGAGUCCCAGUUCUCUGGGAUGGAGCCUGAGGAGGAUGAGCUUGGAUUGCUGACCGUUUCAGGCGUCACAUCUGAUGGAUUUGAACUCUCGUGGAGACUAAACGCUCACAGCCUUUAUGAUAGCUUGGCAGUAGAAUAUAAAGACACUCUGCGAUUAAGGGAUGUGGGAGAGGUCCAGCUUCCUGCAGAUGCCACUGGCUCUAGAAUCAGAGGCCUGACAGCAUCGACAGAGUAUCAGAUAAAACUUUAUGGAAUUACAAGUAGCCAGAGAUCUGCGAUACUUGAAGCUGUUGCAGUCACAGCGCCCAUGCCUACCUCACAAGACGUACUUAUGCUGAGCAUCAAAGAUGCCACUACAUCCCCGCAAUCUGCUCUGGAUAAUGACACAGUACUAACCCCGGUUACCCUUCGUCCUGUAAACACUGAGGCGCCUUCCACUUCUGAAAGUACAGUGAUGAGCUCUGAGCCUCAGCCUGAAAGCCCAAACCUGGAUGUACUGGAGAACCUCACAGUCACAAACGUUUCCUCCACUAAUGUAAGCUUGGCUUGGUCGGCGCCCGACGAGUCAUUUGAAAGCUUUUUGGUGGCGAGUUCUCCAACAGAGGAGACACAAGCCCAUGUGGCCACAUUACCAGGAAGUGUGAGGAAGGCUGAAAUAGAGGGUUUAUCUCCCUCUACACAAUAUAAUAUUACAUUACAAGGGCUGGUGGAGGGAAAGCCAUCCUUGCCUCUCAAAGAUUUUGCAACUACAGCAGGGGAGUUGAAGCCGGAGGUGGUGAACUUCACCAUCUCUGACUUUACAUGGGACAGCUUCACUGCGUCCUGGAGCCCCAUGGGUGGGGAAUUUGACGGCUUUGUUAUUGAGGUAACAAACCUGGACAAUUUCGUAGAGAGCCAGAACCUCACACUGUCUGGAGAUGCUUUAAGCCUGGGAAUCUCUGGGCUGAAUCCCAACACCAGCUACAUGGUUGGCCUGUUUGGAAUGUAUCAGGGCUCCGUCCUUGAACCUGUGUACAUUGAAGCCACCACAGUGAAUGAGCCAGUGGUUGGCAAACUAUAUCUGUCAAACUUAACAUCAGAGAGCUUUUCAGUCUUCUGGAACAGCUCUGAAGGAGAGUUUGAUGGUUUUAUCCUGGAGAUUAUUGAUUCUGACUGGCUGAUGGAGUCAGUGGAAUAUAACAUAUCCCACAAUGUAAAGUCCCACGAUGUCACAGGGCUCAGGCCCAACACUGAUUACAUAGCCUACCUCUAUGGGACAUACAAGGGAUCUCGAACAAGUGCUGUCAGUAUUGUUGCAUCAACAGCUGAAGAGCCUGAUUUGUCCAGGCUAGUUGUUUCUAACAUUACCUCAGACAGAUUCUAUCUGUCAUGGCGAACACGAGAAACGGAGUUUGAUAACUUUAUUGUAGAAGUCAGAGAGUCUGCUUUGCCCUCGCAGGCGAUGGGGCGCGCUCUACCAGGAGACGUGCGCGCCACAGUCAUGGCCGGGCUCAAAGCGAGCACUAGCUACAACAUAAAGCUGUACGCCAGCUCUGGUGGCCAGAACACACAGCCCCUAUUUGCUGUAGCUACAACAGAGGAUGUCCCACAGUUGGGGCCUAUAGGUGCUUCAUCUAUGAGUCCACAUAAUCUCAGUGUGUCCUGGAGCACUGUGUCAGGCCAUUUUGAUGAAUUUGUUAUCCGGGUCAGUGACUCCGUGCAGCAGUCUGAUCCACUGGAGUUCAGACUGCCUGGUGAAAUCCGUAACAUUACAGUCCCUAACCUGAUGGAUGCCACAGGCUAUGACAUUGAACUGUAUGGUAUUUCUCAUGGGCGCCACACUCCUUCUGUGUUAGCUCACGCCAUCACAGCCUCUUUGCCUAAAGUGGAAAACUUGACUAUUUCCAACAUGACCCCCUACGGCUUUCGGGUGUCGUGGGAGGUGAGGCAGCAGCAACAGCAGCAGCAGCAGCAGGAUUUACCCCCCUCUAGUGGGGGUUUCAGCCAUUUUCACAUAGUAGUAACCGACUCUGGCUGGCUACUGGAACCUCAGGAGUUCACUGUGCCAGGAAACCAAAGUCACCUGGACAUCUGGGGCCUCAUCACUGGAAUAGGAUAUGAGGUCAGGCUGACUGGGGUGUCAGAGUCGGGGCUUCUCUCUCGGCCUCUGACUACAGUGGCUGUGACAGAGGCAGAGCCGGAGGUGGAGCAUCUCUUUGUCUCAGACCUCACUGCUGACAGCUUCCGUCUGUCAUGGGCGGCUGAUGAAGACCUGUUUGACAGAUUUGUGAUAAAAAUAAGAGACAGCAAAAGAUUGUCCCAUCCUCAAGAGUACAGCGUCCGCGGUGAUGAACGAACCAAGGUUUUAACUGGACUCAUGAGUGGCACGGAGUAUGAAAUCGAGCUUUAUGGUGUCAGUCUGGACCAUCGCUCCCAACCUAUCACUGGGGUUGCUCAGACAGGCCUGAGCACUCCACGGGGACUUCACUUCUCUGAAGUGACUGACUCUUCAGCCGUAGUUCACUGGUCCAUGUCGUCCUCUUCUGUGGAUAGCUACCGUAUCACCUAUGUGCCCUAUGAAGGAGGAAGCCCCAUGACCGUGUCUGUGGACGGCAGUGUGUUUGAGGCUUUACUGCCCAACAUGAAUCCUGGAAAGGCUUACCAAGUGACUGUCACUGCUGUGAAGGGUCUGGAGGAAAGUGACGCCAGCACUGACACUAUAACCACAGCUUUGGACAGACCUCAGGGUCUGAUCGCACUUAAUGUCACCGACACUUCAGCCUUGUUGCUGUGGCAACCAUCUGUGGCCACUGUUGAUGGCUAUGUCAUUACAUACACUACUGAUUCAGUGUCGGCGGUGGUGGAGCAUGUUUCUGGAAACACGGUGGAGUUUGAGAUGGGUUCUCUGGCUCCAGGAACCCACUACACAGUUGCAGUUCACGCUAUGAAACAAGCACUGAAGAGUGACUCUGCUCUGACUGAAUUCACCACAGAUGUGGACCCUCCUCGUGAUCUGACAGCCACUGACAUUCAAACUGACAGUGCUACUCUCACAUGGAAACCUCCACACGCCGCUGUCACUGGUUACACACUCACCUUCUACUCUGCUGAUGGUAAAUUCAGGGAAGUGGUGCUAAGCCCGACGGCCUCCUCUUACAGCAUGGCUCAGCUAACCGGUUCUACAGAAUACAGUGUGAGGCUUCGGGCCAUCGCUGGACCAGAGAAGAGUCGACAUGCAACCACUGUCUUCACAACCAUCGGACAGUUGUUCAGACGGCCCAGAGACUGUGCUCAGAUAUUACUGAACGGAGAGACGACUUCUGGUCUUUACACCAUCUAUGUGGGUGGAGAAGAAGCUCAGCCACUGCAGGUUUACUGUGACAUGACCACAAAUGGGGGCGGAUGGAUGGUUUUCCUCCGACGCCAGAGUGGAAAGCUGGAAUUCUACAGGAACUGGAAGAACUACACUGCUGGCUUUGGUAACAUGAAUGAUGAGUUCUGGCUCGGUCUCUCAAACCUCCACAAAAUCACCUCCUCUGGUCAUUACGAGCUACGAGUGGACAUGAGGGACAAGGGCAAGUCGGUCUACGCUCAGUACGACAAGAUCACGAUUGCAGAGCCAAGAACACGAUAUAAACUCUACGUCGGAGCAUACAGUGGAACAGCAGGUGACUCCUUGACUUACCACCAGGGUCGACCGUUCUCCACCUUUGACAACGAUAACGAUAUCGCUGUCACCAACUGCGCCCUGUCCUACAAAGGUGCUUUUUGGUACAAAAACUGUCACCGCGUCAACCUCAUGGGGAAAUACGGUGACAGCAGCCACAGCAAGGGGAUCAACUGGUUCCACUGGAAGGGCCACGAACACUCGAUUGAAUUUGCAGAGAUGAAGUUCAGACCAGCCAACUUUAAAAAUUUAGAAAGCAGAAAAAAGCGAUCAUAGCUUGUUCUCGUCUCCACCUCGACCACCUGCUUCACCAGUCAUGUACUUCAAUGUUCCCUCAUCUCUUAAGUAUUCUCUAAAUUAUUCACAAACCAUACUGGCAGUGUUAAAUGAACCCGGAAAAUUUACAACAAAAAUUUGAUUGAUUUUGCGUUGUGUGAGUCAUUAUAUUUGUGUGUUAUAUCAAAGUUUCAGGGGAAACUAGGUGUUGAGUUUAAGUGUGAAUGGACAUGAUAUUGGAGUUGUUAUUGGGACUUAAACGACUGUAUUCACAUGAGAAUUCAUCGUUAAAUUGUGUAAACUGAAUCAUUAACAUGUCAAAGGCACAUAGUCAGGGCGUCAGGCCACAUCCUUCACAUGAGGGGAUUCAAUUCAGAGUGACAAAUGUCACUUUUUAAAAAUGUAAAAUUAAUUUCUGAUUCAUUUGCAAAUCCUUAGCUAAGGAGUUUCCUGAAAAGAAACAAUCAUAGGUAAAAUAGAGUGUGAUCCAUCCAUAUACUUUUAAUUGUUAAGCACAAUCAUGACUUAUGAUCACUCACAAGUUUACAGUUGUGAGUUUUAAAUGUUUAAAGUGAGUAAAUUCUUUUUAAGGAAAUUCAUCUGUAAGUAAAAACAAAACUUAUUAAAUGACUGUAUAAAAACAUUGUGAUUAUCCUGUGAUUAGUACAAAAACACCUGGUUCUCAGAAACAAAAAUAAAACCAUAACAUUUUUGUACAACUGCAGCUGCAUUUCAGGCCUCUAAUACAAUUGAAUUAAGUUUUGUUUUUGUUUUCAAACAAAUCGGAUGCUCUUAACCACAACCUUCAAUGUUCAUGUGUUAUGUAUAAGGUCUAUAAUUCUGUCCAGCAGAUGGCAGCAUUUACUCUAUGUACUCAUGGUUGUUCAUGAUGGAUUUGGUUAACUGUUGCUAGUCUGGAGAAUAGUUUAGAGCACAAAUCAUAAAUAAUUAACAGCACCAUCUUCAGAUGUUUAAAAGAAAUAUGUUCAGUGUUCUUAGAAAUGGCCUUUGAAGUUAUUUUUAAAAGUCUUGCACCACUAUGUAAUGUAACUGAUCCCAACUACCUUUUAUUUCUGAGUAUACUACUUUUUUAUCUUGCUGUAGGUCCAGCAAUAACUCAAUUUUAAGUUUUUCAUAUGUAAGUUAGGUCAGUUUUUGCCUUGUUUAUGAGUCUAAGUCGUGUUUAUGGAUUAUCCUGCAUAUGUCAUCAUGAAUUUGCAGAAGAUACAAAUGUUACUACAUUCAUGGUCCUCUGUUGAAUUCUCAGAUUUGUAUCAAUUACAGAAACCUUGUUGUAGCAGAGAAAACGUUCACCAAGUGGAGAGCAAAUAAAAUAUCGUUCAAUGUUAUUGCAGGAGGAAGUCUUUUACUUUUGCCUCAUAUAGAGUUUAAUGUGAAGGAUGUUAAUCCUACAUGUUACAUACAGUAAAAGUCAAUUUUUUUUCCCUUAAAGAUUGUUAAUUAAGCGUAUCAGUACAUUCCUGCUCCAGGAUCCUAAAAUUAGUUUAAAAAUGAAUGCAAUUUCUUUAACCAUUAAAUCCAUUAUUUGGCUAAGAUCUGCAGUGAAACCUGGAGCUUUGAUGUUUGAAGACUUGACCACAGAUUAAAAUCACAAGAGCAUUUAUGGAGGGAUAAGUUCAUUUCAAAAAUGGGACUGUCCUACAUAACUUGAGUUAAUUUCAGUCUUUCAAGAUCAGGCAGGUGACCCAGUGAUCUAUUGCUACUGUGUCUCUUUGUAACACGAGUCAUUCAUCUGGAUCUGGAGCCACUUCCAUGUCCUCUCUGCACCUCAUUCUGUUUGUUUUACAGCUCACACUUUAAUGGGCACAUUUCGGCCCCCUGCGUACGAUGAUCACAGAGAACGCGCAGGAGUAGUGAGAAUAGAACGGAGUGUGAGAUCUCGUAAUGAUCACAGCUUUGGUUGUCUUGAGUAUUCGUGCUCAGGCUGACCCUCACACGGUUUAUGAGAAGCACGUCUCCCUCGGCUGUUGGAAGUUUUGGAGAAUGUCAUGUUUGAAAAUGACAAUAAGGAAUGCAUAGACGGGUUACGAGACACAAGAUGUUGCCUGGCACAGAGCUGGGAGUUUUCCGCACCAAGUUCAAGAUUUAGAAAUAACUUGCCCUGGAUUUACACCUAUGCUUAUCCCCGAGAUCUAAUUUCUGUCUGAGAUGUUUCUAAAUAAGGAGGUCAUGAUUCAAGUGUCCUUGUAAUAGCUUCAUAGUGAUGGAGACAAGCAUAAAAUCUUUGCAGUGAUCUCAUCCCUCCGUGUUUAUAAAGAGUUGUCUGGCACUUGUCUAUUAAAAACAAAUUCUGCAAUAAAAAAAAAAACAAUCAUG